UAAGGCAGGAGAAACCCUAGGUACCCAGAUUUCAUCUUCCUCUCAUUUGUGCUCCACCGCCGGCUCCCCUUCGCCGCCGCCGCCGAAUUCUAGUAGCUAUCCGCUGAUUGUCUACUCUAUUGUUACGGAAGAACCCUAGUUGAAACUGAGUCGCAUGAAGGGUGGAAGAAAGAACUUGCAGAGGGCAUCAGAGCAACAUAUCAUUAGCCUUGAAGAUGGCCAUGGCAUCAUGCAGGUUGUCUCUAUCCGUGGUUCCAAUCUAAUCGAGGUGAUGGAUGCACAAGGCGAGAAAUCACUGGCAUUAUUUCCUGCCAAGUUUCAAAAGAGUAUGUGGAUAAAACGAGGGAGUUUUGUGGUAGUUGAUGAAAGUGGAAAGAAGAAUGCUCUUGAAUCUGGAAGCAAGGUGGCAUGUAUUGUCUCUAGAGUUCUGUAUUUUGAACAAGUUCGCGAGCUUCAGAAAUGGCCAGAAUGGCCAGAAGUCUUCAAAAAUGCGAUUGUGGGUGAUCGGAAUGAAAAUCUGCAAGUAAAGAAUGAUCAACAAGAACAGGAUGAGGUCAACUCGAGUGAAGAUGACGAUCUUCCCCCUCUAGAAGCCAACACGAACAGAGCUAAACCAUUUGUAUUACAAUCGGAUGCAGAAUCAGACUCAGAUUCUUAAUUUGUAAAUUAAGACAUCACCAGCUAUGUCUCAAGACAUAGCCUGCUGUUGGCAAAUCAAGUAAAAAGGUUUUUGCACUUAUUUAUUAGGAUUGAUCUGGUUUCCACUGUAAUUCAAUCGAGGUUUCAAUCAUAGUUAUAAUCCCUUGUAAUUUUUUAAAA